AAACACUCGCAGACGCUUGACGAUUUCCAGAGAUUCCAGGUCGUAAGUCAAAUCACUUGAGCAAGGACGUAGCAGAGUCUUCUCAUCAUGGCUCGCGGUGUCCUGAACGCCGCUAAGGCGGCAUCAAACGUCGUUUCUAUUAACCAGAAAUACUCGGUCCAGUCUACUGGGGUCUGGGAGCGGAUCCGUCGCCUUUUCGCUAUUGACCCUGAGCGCUCGACCGGUGUCCCCUUGAACUCUCAGUACCGCCUUCCUACUCCCGGCUCGCUGCCUCCCCUGGCCUACGAUGAUCCGGUUACCCUCCCGGCGGGUGACAUUGCCGACAACCCUUACUGGAAGCGGGAUGUCCGGAGGAGCUACCCUCAACUGAGCACUGUGCGCCAGUCAGACGCAGUCGGCCUCCUCACCGUCGGAAGCCAGGCAGCCCCCAAGGAUGGUGUCCUGAAGAUCGGAGAGGCUGGCGAGCAGCAAUUGGUUGCUGUCAAGGAGCAGGGUGAAGAGCGGGGUUUGGCUGCUCUAUUCGAGCAAGACAAGAAUAGCAUCCAGGGUGUAUUUAGCGCCAAUGGUCUGCCUCCCACUCCUUGCAACAUCAACUCUGUCCCUCAGAACUCACAGUCCAAGUACGAGCUUGGCACAGAGCACGGCUACCCCGAAAAAUAUACCUGCCGCACCUUUGCUUGAUCAUACCUGCAUAAAUCAAUACACUUUUUUCUCGCGCCUUCAAGCUAGCCUCCACCCUUUUUCCCCUUGUUAAUUCUGCAGGUUCAUGCAUAGAAAUCCCAGAUAGAAGAGAAUUAUGUUCCAAGAGAGCAUCAUUCAAGUCGCUAGAACAUGCGCAAACAGUCACCCUUCCUACUAGAACUGAGGUGAAUACCUAGAAUAGGAUACACAGAAAAGUCCAUGGGAAAGGAGACCAAGACUGGGAGAUUUUGCCCGGGAAUAGACAAACACAAAAGAAACAUUCCGCAGGAAACACAACCCAAGAGACAAUUCAG